UCUCCUCACAAGUAUGGACAGUGACUCAUUCCAUUUCAAAGGUGGUGAAAGGGAACUUCGGGAUGCCUACACUGCUCUUCAACCUGAGCUCCAAGCUCAACUGGCAAGCCAGCAAAUUAGGUUUACAUUCAAUCCACCUAAUGCCCCACAUUUUGGUGGAUGCUGGGAACGGGAAAUUCGAUCCUUGAAAACAGCCCUACAAGUGACACUCGGAGCACAGACAGUCACUGAAGAAGUAUUGCGGACUGUUCUCAUUGAAAUUGAGGGGAUCCUCAAUGCCAAACCUCUUGGUUACAUAUCUUCAGACAUUGCUGACCCUGACCCGGUUACACCCAACAUUCUGCUGAUGGGGCGGCGGGACGCCUCACUUCCCCAAGUGACAUACCAAGAUUCUGAGCUUCUGAGUCGACGGAGAUGGAGGCAUAGUCAGCUGUUAGCUGAUCACUUUUGGAGGCAAUUCAUCCGUAACUACCUACCCAGCCUUCAAACCAGACAGAAAUGGAUGUCAGAAACAGACAACCUACAGAUAGGUGAAACUGUUAUGAUUGUGGAUCCACAGCUACCUCGUGAACUUUGGCCUGUUGGAAGGAUUCUUCAAGUUUUCCCUGGGAAGGAUAACAGAGUCAGAUCAGCUGAGAUCAAAGUGAAAGACAGAACUUACCUAAGGCCAGUGACCAAGAUCAUCUGUCUACCUCCUUUGACUGAAUGACAUUGUAAUACUUAGUAAGGCCCUUGUUGUUCAAAUUCACCUUGUGAAUUUGGGGGCGGCUGUAAAAAAGGCCACCCCUUGAAAGUGAACUCUUCCGAACCCUCCCGCCUGUGUUCGUGAUUUGGACUGUUCCUAAUCUUUCCGCGGAGUGAGAACCAAGACAUUAUAGAGGCUGGAUGUGUUGAUGUGUUUAUAGUUAAUAUUUCAUAGUUAAAUUAGUUAGAAGUUGCCCGUUUAAGGAUUGUGUGGAUAUAUGUGUGCGUGCAACUAAUCAACCACACACAUCUUUGCACAAUAAAUCACCCUGAAGUACAUUCCUGGUGUGAGACCUAAUGUUCUGACCGGACACCCUGUAGCCGUUCUAUAAAUCCGAACCUGAGUUAGACAAGAGUAGUCAGCAGUUUUUUC